CCAGUCUCUUGAUCGGGACGUAAGUUUUCUUUUAUUCAUCCAUCCUUUACUACGUUACUAUCAUGGAGCCUAGACAGGAGGAGAGCAAACUUCAAUGGCGGAAUGCUGAAAAAACGAGCCUAAAACGUGGCUCUAGUAGAAAGUUCCAAAGUGAGCCAUGAGCAGCGCUGAAAACAGUACUUUCUAUCACGAAUAGUGCCUAUCUCUUGAAAUGUUAUGGAACAGUUUAUGGUGAUAAUUGCGCGGUAUCAGCAAAUAACGAUUUGUUUUUAGACUCCAUAGUGAAGAAUUAUUUAACAUCGCUGACUUCUUGCAGUGUCAGUGGACAUGGGUAAACGGUGUGCAGUUUCAGGCUGCUUCACAGGAGAUCCGGAGGAAAUAAAGAAGAGGAAAUUGCUUCAAGAGAAGCCAGUGUAUUUAUUUGGUGUCCCAAAGGUUGCAGCCGAAGCAUGGUCGACUGCAAUCGGAGUCACGACUCCAUUAACACAAAAUGUUGUGUGUCGGUAUCACUUUGCUGCUGAGGAUAUCAUCACGCACUUCGUUCACUCAGUGCCUGAUGAAACGGUAGUUUCUAUUGAACGAGAGAGGUACUUGCUACGAAAGGAUGCAUGCCCAGUUGCCGGGGCAAUUCGUUCAAUGCCACAACCACCUGAAAUCCUUGGCCAAUGAUCUGGUUCCACUAUGUCUGAAGCUAUCGCAAUUGAGAACACGUCGGAAGCUGUGGAUAAUGUCAGCACACGCCAAGCGGUAGACAACGAUUGCAGGUCACGGGGUCUCGCAGACAGUCACGACAACAGUGAUUUUGACAGCGAUAAAGAGAUGACAAGUCUGAUGACAGACGCCCUAGUUUCAUACAGCAUGGAAAAUCUGAUGACUGAUCUAGCAGCUAGCUAGUGGAGAGAGAGUUGGGCAUGGAACCGCAAUGUUAAAGAAAUAGUUUUAGUUUAUCUGACAAAGUAUAAAUACAACUUGCUACAUGUAAAAUAAACUUAUAUUUUCAAUACAACGUUCCAUGUUCAUACAUCAUUCAUUAACUUAAAAAUAA